GAGGGCUGAGGAGAGGGGUGAAAGAGAGAAAGUGAGGAAUGACAGGGCCAUUGUGAGGGCCAGGGAUAGAGAGGAAAAGGCGAAGGAGGGGGAUGAGAAUAUAAUUUAGUUGUCUGAUUGGAUGAUGUUGGAAAGAAAUUCGAAACACUUUUGUUGACAGCACGAUCACUUGUCAACCAGUUUUUACAGGAAAUUUUCCAUCGCAUCACUGUUAUUUACUCGUCAGAAGUUUUCAAGGGUAGAAAAAUAUUCAUGUUAUGUGUAUUUUUUUUAUCCAUGCAUUUUGCUCUUGUACUGUACAAUUGCCUCUUUGUUGCGUGAGUGUCUUAUGAAAAAUAUUUGUUGGGUCUUCGAUCGGAUUGGUGGUUAUGAUGUUGGAAAGGAAUUUACAGCGCUUAGUUGACGGGACAAUCACUUGAACACGUGUUGCUGAAUUGUGGAUGCUUAUGGCAAACUUUGAACAUUGGUAGUUGAUUUUUUGUUUAAUACAUGUGGCAAAAUCGGUUGGAGAAUUGGUGUUUAUGUUUUGAUAAGAUACGUUGUGUGUUUUGUCAAUUUAUGUUGUGUGCAUUGUUUUGAUAAGAUCAUAUGCUAUUAGUAUAAGAACAAAGCACUAUCCCUUUGGUGUUUAUAAAUUUCAUGAGCUUUUAUUUUAUUUUUUUAUCAUUUAUUAUUUGGUAAAAUGUUUUAAUAUCAUGCAAAGGUUAUUUGUGUAAAUUUACAUAUAUUUUCUUUCCUUCCCUUCCCUCCAUUAGUACUCCCAAACAAGUUAAAUUAAGUUCACCUUCAUUCACCUUACUCAACUCCCAAACAACAUAUUACAAUUCCCCUUCCUUUCCUUACCUUCCCUUUCCCUUGUUUAUCUUUCCUUCCCUUUCCUCAGUGAACUCCCAAACAUAGCAUUACUCUCUUGCCGCCGAUCUCCCUCAUCGUCAGAAAUCCUUACAAAAAAUGGAGACAGAUGGAGGCCAGAAGCUAAAGAUCGCCGUCAUCCAUCCUGACCUUGGAAUUGGUGGAGCUGAAAGAUUGAUCGUGGAUGCGGCAGUUGAACUCGCGGACCAUGGCCACAGUGUUCAUGUUUUCACAGCACAUCAUGACAGAAGCCGUUGUUUUGAGGAAACAGUUGCUGGUCCUUUUCCUGUUACGGUAUAUGGCGAUUUCUUGCCUCGCCAUAUUUUCUACCGCUUCCACGCAGUGUGUGCAUAUCUUCGAUGUAUCUAUGUUGCCAUUUGUGUGCUUCUCUUCUGGUCAUCUUUCGACAUUGUAUUGGCAGACCAGGUCUCUAUAGUUGUUCCCCUCAUGAAAUUCAAAAGAUCAACGAAGAUAAUUUUCUACUGUCAUUUUCCGGAUUUGUUACUUGCACAACAUACAACUACUGCCAGGAGGUUGUACCGGAAACCAAUCGACUUGCUUGAAGAGGCAACUACUGGUAUGGCCGAUUUAGUACUUGUUAACAGCAGAUUCACCGCAUCUACAUUUGCAAAGACAUUCUCGUGUCUUCAUUCAAGAGGAAUCAGACCUGCUAUUCUUUACCCUGCAGUCAACAUGGGCCAAUUUGAUGGACCUUGUGCUUAUAAGUUGAAUUUCCUUUCUGUUAAUCGUUUUGAAAGAAAGAAGAAUCUUCAACUGGCAAUUUCGGCAUUUGCAUUGCUCCGUUCCUUGGGGAGCACUCUUCCUGACCAAAGCUUAUCUGAAGCUACCUUGACAAUAGCAGGUGGCUUUGACAAACGUCUGAAGGAAAAUGUCGAGUAUCUAGAGGAACUUAAAGAGUUGGCUGAAACUGAAGGAGUUUCUGAUCGUGUUAGGUUUGUUACAUCCUGCUCAACUGCAGAAAGAAAUGCUCUGCUCUCUGAAUGUCUGUGUGUUUUAUAUACCCCAAAGGAUGAACACUUUGGCAUUGUUCCUCUAGAAGCAAUGGCAGCACAAAAACCGGUUAUUGCUUGCAACAGUGGAGGCCCAGUUGAGACGAUUAUACAUAAAACUACAGGAUUUCUCUGUGAUCCAACUCCUCUAGAAUUCUCGAAGCAUAUGGCUAAACUUAUGGCCACUCCUGAAAUGCCUAUAAAGUUGGGUGAAGAGGCACAUCGACAUGUCACUGAGAACUUCUCUAUCAAGGUAUUCGGUGAACAGCUUAACCAUUAUGUUCUUGAGACUUUCCAUCAAAGAAUGGAAUAAGAUACAAGUUGAUACUUUCAAGUUCCCAUUCAAAAGCUCAGAUGAUUCUGAAAUUUAUAACCCUCAGUUUUUUGUUUCUUAAGGGUCCGUGAUCUUGAACAUACUGAAAUUGAUACAUAUCUAAUGAGUAGUGGACAUGCUUCAGUGUAUUUAUCGAAGGUGUACAUACAUUUUCAGGUUAGUGACAUUUAGAGGAACUUGUCGCUUGUUUAGUCGAUCCAUUUGAAUUUAAAAGCAGAUUGAUCAGUAA